UAGUUCCUCUCCUCACUCUGAUCCGCUGCAGUGAGCUCCCACUGACGAGCAGAAAUCAACUGUCAUGAAAGAGAAAGGGCUAGCUGCUCAGAAUGACCCGGGCUCUCUGGGGGGGAAGCGGAUCAUCCCGUGCUUCAGGUGUGGGGAUUCAUGCAAGGGACAGGUGCUGCGAGUCCAGAACAACCACUUCCACAUAAACUGCUUUACCUGCAAGGUGUGUGGCUGUGACCUGGCCCAGAGUGGCUUCUUCAUGAAGAACAGUGACUACUACUGCCCGCUGGACUUCCAGAGGAUUCACGGCACGCUCUGCAACAACUGUGGGGAGUUUGUGGAGGGACAGGUGGUCACAGUAUUGGGGAAGACCUAUCACCCAGCUUGCUUUGUGUGCACCGGUUGCAAACAGCCAUUUCCUGCUGGGGACUGCGUCACCUUCAGUGGAAAGGACUGCCUCUGUCAGCGCUGUAUCCGACCCGUGUCUCCAGUUCUUAAUCCUAAAGACCUCAGCUCUUCAAAUAACUGCUCUGGCUGUGGCAGAUCCAUCAAGAACGGCCAGGCUCUGUUAGCGCUGGGGGGGCAGUGGCACCUCGGCUGCUUCAAGUGUAAAGCCUGCAGGAAGGUGCUGAGCGGAGAAUAUAUCAGCAAAGAUGGCGUGGCCUAUUGUGAGAGGGACUACCAGAUUCAGUUUGGGGUACAAUGUGACGCGUGUCAGAGGUUUAUCACAGGAAAGGUCCUAGAGGCAGGGGAGAAACAUUAUCACCCCAGCUGUGCAAGAUGCAGUCGAUGUGACAAAAUGUUCAGAGAAGGCGAAGAAAUGUUUCUGCAAGGAUCAACAGUUUGGCACCCUAACUGCAGAAGCAACAGCAGAACAGAUGACAGUUACAUGGCCAGCAGACCAAAAACACCUUGUCUUGAUUUCUUUUUCCCCCAUCAAAAAAUGAAGCCCACUAGAUCCUCAUCAGAAAGCUCCAGUUCCCGGCCGGGCUCCUGCACCCCGGGGAGUCCUGGGCGAACCAUCUGUUCACCAGGAAGCGUAUCUGUAAACACAGAGGAGAGUUUUGAAAUCAGAAAGUCCAUGCCAACAUCUGCCAGCCAGGGAACGUUCGGAGUUCAUUCACUGCACAAUCGUCACAGCUACACUCCAACUCUGUCCAGGUCACCGCAGCACUUCCACCGGCCAGGAUUGAUGCUUUCUUCCUCUUUAUUAUCUGGCAACAAUGACACAUGCCCCACUCCCCCUUUAUGUCACAACUUUCUCCCUCACACUAAAGCAGACGAAGGCUUUAAUAUGUACAGACGACCACCAAUUUAUAAACAGCAAGAGCCAAAUUCCUCCACAUCGCAAACAGCCUCUUUGCCUGGAUAUGGUCGCAAUGGCCUCAAUCCGCCAUGGUCAGCUGAUUACUCACAUUACAGCAGUGACAGAUUUAAAGACUUUAAGCUCAUCCAUGACGGUCAACAUCCAUUAGCACGAAUGGACAGAGGAGUGUCCAUGCCUAAUUUGUUGGAACUGAAAGUCUACCCGUAUGAGCUGCUCUCAGUUGGUAGUCGAGGCCGAGUGAAGCUUCCCAAGGAUGUUGACAGAACAAAACUCGAGCGUCACCUAUCCCCGGAUUCAUUCUUUGAGUUCUUUGGCAUGGGCUUUCAAGAAUUUAACGUCCUUCCACUGUGGAAACGAAACAACAUGAAGAAGCGGGCACAUCUCUUCUGAAUGCUGACUGAUGCAUGCUUUGACUCAUUGUUAAUAUGCAGUAUAUAUUGUGUUCUGAAGACCCCUUAAGUUUAUUUCUAAAAACUAGAACCAGUAUUGUGUUUCCCAGUUACUUUAUGUGGGUUAUUGUUUUGAAUAUUGUUCAUAUGUAUAAUACCUCAAAUCAAAAGUGAACGUGAGAACUCAACUUACUAUAAGGCCUUCGCUAAUAAUAUUAUUUUAUAUUUUCAGCCCCAACUCAUUAGGGAAUAUGUUUAUAUUCGACGAUACAGCUGUUUACAAUCUCCAAUUAUCAUACAUGCAACAGGAAUUGUGGCUUUUUUGUGGCAAACAUGGGAAGAAGAGACAGUUAAUGUUUCAAAGCAACACUUUUUUCCAUGCAGACAAGCUAACCGAAUCUUAACCUCUAAGAUUUUCAUUGACUUAACUUUAAACAAUGUACAGUUGUUGAGUUCAACUCGAUAGCAAAUUGCUCAUAUUUCAUUUAGUGUUGAUUGUGCAUUACGCUGGUUUAUGAUCAGUGACAACAUUUUUAAAGUAUGGGUUUGGCAUUUUCACUUUUUUCUGAAUUUAUAUAGACCAAGCAAUACAUUUAGAAAAAAAGUGGCCAGGGUAUUUACAGGCUGUGAAGCUUGCUAAAGUGAACUUGUCCUCAUUAAAAGCCUGUGUAGAUCAUUAUUGUACCCUUUCUUAAAAACAUGUCAUGAUACCUGAUGUAUACUGAAGGAAUAUACUGUUUUAGUUCUUUUUAUUUCUUUAAUCACACUUGGUUGUCUCCUGAAUACACAAUUGCUUAGCUAUAGCUUAAAAGAAACCGUUUUGAGUGACUAAAGGCUCACUCAAAUGUGCCUAAUCGGACUUUGAACGAUUAGGGUAAUUUGAAACUUUUUUUUAUGUUUUCCCCUAACUUUUUACUGUAUGUGUUACCUCCCAUCACACCAUCUCAAGCGCCCUAAAUAAAUUCUUGCCCUUCUUACUUAA